CGCGCGACACGCAGCGGGUUCGCGCCUGCGCCGCUCGGGAGCGAGCACGCAAGCCCUUGGGCGCGCGUGCGCGUGGCUGGCGGCUCCGCGGCGCGGAGGAGGGGGACGCGGCGAGGGGGUCGUCAAGCUUUGGUGUAUGCGUUGGCCAUUUCUGAAAUCUUGAAGGAGCGCUGCAUUGAGGAGGAUCAAAGCAGCAGUCUUUGCCAAUUAGGGCAUGGACCGUUUGGGUUCCUUUAGCAAUGAUCCCUCUGAUAAGCCACCUUGCCGAGGCUGCUCCUCCUACCUCAUGGAGCCCUAUAUCAAGUGUGCUGAAUGUGGGCCACCUCCUUUUUUCCUCUGCUUACAGUGUUUCACUCGAGGAUUUGAGUACAAGAAACAUCAAAGUGAUCAUACUUACGAAAUAAUGACCUCAGAUUUUCCUGUUCUUGACCCCAGCUGGACUGCUCAAGAAGAAAUGGCCCUUUUAGAAGCUGUGAUGGACUGUGGCUUUGGAAAUUGGCAGGAUGUAGCCAAUCAGAUGUGCACCAAGACAAAGGAAGAGUGUGAGAAGCACUAUAUGAAGCAUUUCAUCAAUAACCCUCUGUUUGCAUCUACCCUGUUGAAUCUGAAACAAGCAGAGGAGGCAAAAACUGCUGACACAGCCAUUCCAUUUCACUCUGCAGAUGACCCUCCCCGACCUACCUUCGACUCCUUGCUUUCUCGGGACAUGGCAGGAUACAUGCCAGCUCGAGCAGAUUUCAUUGAGGAAUUUGACAAUUAUGCAGAAUGGGACUUGAGAGACAUCGAUUUUGUUGAAGAUGACUCGGACAUUUUACAUGCUCUGAAGAUGGCUGUAGUGGAUAUCUACCAUUCCAGGUUAAAGGAGAGACAAAGGCGGAAAAAAAUUAUAAGAGACCAUGGAUUAAUCAACCUUAGAAAGUUUCAGUUAAUGGAGCGGCGGUAUCCCAAGGAGGUCCAAGACCUUUAUGAAACAAUGAGGCGAUUUGCAAGGAUUGUGGGGCCAGUGGAGCAUGACAAGUUCAUUGAAAGCCAUGCACUGGAAUUUGAACUCCGAAGGGAAAUCAAAAGACUCCAGGAAUACAGGACAGCAGGCAUUACCAAUUUUUGUAGUGCCAGAACCUAUGAUCACCUCAAGAAGACACGAGAGGAGGAGCGUCUUAAACGCACCAUGCUCUCUGAAGUUCUCCAGUAUAUCCAGGACAGUAGUGCUUGCCAGCAGUGGCUCCGCCGGCAAGCUGACAUUGAUUCUGGCCUGAGUCCUUCCGUUCCAAUGGCUUCAAAUUCAGGUAGACGAAGUGCACCACCCUUGAACCUCACUGGCCUUCCUGGCACAGAGAAGCUGAAUGAGAAAGAAAAGGAGCUCUGUCAGAUGGUGAGGUUGGUCCCAGGAGCCUAUUUAGAAUACAAAUCUGCUCUAUUGAACGAAUGUAACAAGCAAGGAGGCUUGAGACUGGCACAGGCAAGAGCACUCAUCAAGAUAGAUGUGAACAAAACCCGGAAAAUCUACGAUUUCCUCAUCCGAGAAGGAUACAUCACUAAAGCCUGAGGCUCUAAGGGCUUGGGACCAGAAAUCACAAGUCUGGGAUGUGCUGGGCCAAAGGACAGUGCGGGCAUUCUGGAGAGUUUCAUUUUUGAGCUGAAUUCUCAUUGUAAAAAAGAAGGGAAGGACAAAGGAAACCUUAAGUUGUAUUAAUGUCUACUUUCCUCUCCACCCUCCUCUAAAACACUCCUGUUGUUGGUAUUGUGCUGUAGAGUUAUGUGCUAGAUAAGCUAUUAUUAAAUGUGAGUGGGCCUUCAUUCCUAACACCUCUUGUAACUAAAACAAGAACCAUAGUACCUCACAUCACAGUGUUGGUAGAAAUAGAACUAAACCAAUCUUUAGUCCCAGGAGUCCAGCUCAGAUCCUUGUAUUUGGGAGGUUGGUUUUCUGAUCAUCUGUUUUGCCUUCAAACAUUACAGACAGAUUUAAAAUAAAGAGAAGGGUUAUAGAGCCUCUCUCUUUCCUUCUGAGGACUUUUUAAGCUGACAGCUUAAGUUUAUGAUCCAAGGGGAGGAAAAUCUCCCCAUGAUGGUCUUGUCCCAAACUGCAUCUUUAACUUUAAUGUCUGGCUUUGUACUUUGCAGUCUGUCUAAUCUGCAGUAGACUUUUGAGGAGGUGGCACUGGAUAUAAAAUGUGUUAUUUUUAGAAUUAAUGGAUUAAAAUGUUUUGCUACCUGAUUUGCGGGUGUGUCAAAUAUUCUGGUAACGAAAGCACACUUCGGGUGUUGGAUGCCCGCCUCAUCAUGCUGCAGUGUCUCUGCUAACAUGUGUGUCCUGGACUCACCCUGUUCUUGCCCUGGAUACCAGGCCCCUGAGGAUGGAGUUGAUACAACUGACCUCAGCUUUGCUUGGAUUGAGACCUGAACCCUAAUUUCUCAAUGGUUAAAGGCUAGCCUGCAAUAAAAGCUACUUUUAAAACAAAAGUAAAGUAGUUUCAUAUAUGGGACUCACUAGGUGCGGGGGUGAGUACCCCCCACAUCUGAAACUUGGUCUUCAAACCUUUCUGCAGAGUAAGAAGCCGCACUCAGAGCCAUGGUUAUCCCAUUGCUGCUAGAAGCAAAGUUCUGUAUAGAAAUAACUUCACAGUCUGCACACAUUGCCUCCAGUAGCUGACAGAUUCUUUAAUUCCUUCAAUUUUCAAAAUAUCUAAUUGAAAUAUUACAUGCUUUGUUGGAAGUAUCUGCUCAAACGUUUUGACUGAUGUAAAUAUGCAUGCAGCUUGUUAAUAGACUUCUCCUAGAGAGUUACAAAUGAAAAGGAAACUCUUAGGAUCUGGGGGAAUUAGAAUAAAGGACUUCAGUCUUUAAAAAGA